AGAGAGAGCGAGAGAGACAGAGUUGCAAGGACUGCCCGCAACAAGAUGGCGGCUGGGUAUUCUCUCGAGAGAUAAAUAUUCGUCACAUUUUUGUUAUUUUCUCGUGUUUCCCUCGCGCUGUGACGCUGUGCCCCUGAGAACUGACCCUGCAGGCCUUGGGGGAGGAUGUGACGCCCCCUGGAGGAGAAAAUAACCCCUGGGAAGCGAGAAAUGAGACGGAGAAUUGAUUGAAGUGCGAAAUUCUCUAAAGGUAUAAGCGGGGCAUCACCACCACCACCACUACAACCACCACCACCGCCACCGCCACCAUGCACAACAACAACAACAACAACCACAACAACCACAACAGCCACCACCACAACAACAACAACAGGCGGCGCAAGAAGCGUCCCUCUUACGGCGUGCGCACUGUGGAGAUCACGAAGGGGCGCAAGGGGUUUGGCUUCACCAUCAGUGGGCAGGGGCCGUGCAUGCUGUCCUGCAUUGUGCCAGGGUCGCCGGGGGAGCGGGCCGGCCUGCGCCCCGGGGACUACCUCAUCGCGGUCAACGGCCAGAACGUCAGCAAGGCGGCCCAUGACGACGUGGCGCGGCUCAUCGGCGCCUCCAAGCUGCUCAAGCUGCAGAUCGCGGAGAACUACUACUCAGACUCCUCUGACGACGAGUUCGUGACGGUGAGCCGCCCCAAGCCCAAGUACCCCAACAGACUGCGCCACAAGAGCCAGCAGACGCGCGCCGAGAAGGUGGUGCGCGACCUGCAGAGCGGCGCCAUCUUCAGCGAGCACGCCGCGCUGCACCUCGGCGAGGCCGCCCUGCUGGACCGCGACGCCUGGCCACCCAAGGCGCCCCUCACGCCCACGCCCAAGCCAGACCCCGCGCCCCCGCCCGCGCCCUCCACCUCCCCCACACGCCUGCGCCCCGACCAGAUCCACCUGGUGAUGGCAGAGGCGCGCCAGGCCGCACGCACACCGCGCCCCCUCAAGGAGCCGCAGCCCCAGGCCCCGCCCCCUCAGCCCGUGGCGCCCCCGCCCCAAGCGCCGCCCCAGCCCCAGGCGCCGCCGCAGCCCCAGACGGCGCCGCUGCGGCCGCGCCACCUGGCCAAGAAGAAGGACAAGUCCCCCAAGGCCAAGCUGCGGCAGCACGGCGGCGAGGGGGGCCGCCCCCUGCCCCCGCAGACUCCCCAGCCUCCGCCCCACCAGGCCCCCCAGGCGCCGCCGCAGCCCCAGGCGCCGCGGCAGCAUUCCCCGGCGCCGCAGCCACAGCCGCAGUGGGUGGAAGUGGCGGGGGGGCCUGCCCUGGAGGCGUACAGCGGCCUGACGGAGCAGGAGCUGCAGCAGCUGCUGUGCCCCUCGCUGGCGCCGCCCGGCCCCGGCCCCGGCGUGGGCGGCGGCGGCGGCGUGUGCGCGGGCCCCGGGGCGGGGGGCGCGGCGCUGUACCGGGCCGUGGUGGGCUACCUGGGCACUAUUGAGAUGCCCAAAGAGCCUGCGGGGGGCUCGCGGCUGGCAGCCAUCAGGAGCUGUGUGCGGCGCCUGCGCAUUGAGAAGAAGGUGCACACGCUGGUGCUGAUGUCGGUGUGCGCGGAGCGCGUGGUGCUCACCAGCCCACACGGCCUCACGCUGGCGCAGUACCCCGCGGACCGCAUCACCUUCUGCGGCGUGUACGCGGACGACAAGAAGUUCUUCGGCCUGGUGACGGUGCACGGCGCGGCGGGCGACGACCUCAGCGACGGCUCGCACGACGGCGGCGGUGGCGACGGCAGCGGCGGCAGCGGCGUGGGCAGCACGUCCUCGUCGUGCCACGUGUUCAUGGUGGACCCGCGCAUGGUGCUGCACGCCGACCACGCGCGCCGCGCCAAGAACUUCCGCCUGGAGUGCACGCCGCGCCCCGACGCCGCGCAGUGCCAGGAGUUCCCGGAGAGCGCGGACCCCAUCCUGCACGCCAUCCUGGGCCUGUACCGUGGCAGGGCGGGGCCGCUGGAGGGCGGCGCGCCGGGCCUGGUGGACGUGGAGGCGCAGCUGUCGCCGCACCACUCCAACACGUCCUCCAACUCAUCCAACUCUGACUCCGGCAUCGGCUUCCGCGACGAGGGGGGCGGCCACCCCUACCACCACCACCACGACCGCGUCUUUGUCGUGGAGGUGGACGACAGCCAGCGCCUCCGCGUGCAGAACUUCCCCGCCGCUGCUGCGCCGCGCCCCGCGCCCCUGCCUGACCCCCUGCGCGCCGCGCUGGAGCCCCUGCCGCUGCGGGGCGGCGGCGGCGGCGGCGGCGGCGGCGGCGGCGGCGGUGGUGGUGGCGAGGCGCACCGCGGCCUGUUGGACGCCCACCGCCCCGCCCUGGAGGGCCUGCGCGGCGCCGACAACCUGCGCGUGGUGGACAACCUGCGCGGUGGCCUGCGCGGCGCCCUGGACGGCCACCGCCCCGCCAUGGAGCCCCCUGCGUCCCACGCUGGAGGGGCUGCGGCCUGCCCUGGAGGUGCUGCGGGGGCGGGCGACGCCCACCGGGGGGGCGGGGGGAGCUGCACCGCGGGGACAACGUGCGCUGCGCUGACCCGCACCGGGGGGACGGCCUCAGGGUGGGCGUGGACUCCCACAGGGUGGGCGUGGAACCACCGCGUGGGCGUGGACAACCAUCGAGUGUGUGUGGACGGACACCGCGCGGGCGUGGAAGGGCAUAGGGUGGGGAGUCGUAGAGGCACAUAG